GACGCACAACUAUUUUCUUUCAAGGUAAAUUACAGAAAAAAGGGGCUGUCAAGGAGAGCAUCAAGAAAUUCGUGAGUGAAGCAAAGAGAAUUAAGAAAUAAUCAAGGAGCUAUGGCUUCCGAUUCUCGUAAAGUGAUCGUUCAUUUAAGAGCGACUGGUGAUGCGCCGAUUCUUAAACAAGCAAAAUUCAAGAUUGCAGGUACUGAUAAAUUCAUCAAAGUAAUAGAUUUUCUACGCCGUCAACUCCAUAGGGAGACAUUGUUUGUGUAUGUCAACAGUGCCUUCUCACCAAAUCCAGAUGAGUUGGUAAUUGACCUAUACAAUAACUUUGGUUUUGAUGGUAAGUUGGUGGUUAAUUACGCAUGCUCCAUGGCAUGGGGCUGAGAACUUCUGGUUCUUUGCUCUACAUCGCUUCAAAGCUCCUCCAUACCUGAGUAAAUAGUUAGUGUGUAAGAUAGAAACCUGGCAUCAAUGAUUAGUCAGAUUGUUCCUCUGUAGAUUGUUCAAUAUAUAACUACUGUAUGAUUCAUACAUUGAUGCUUAUAUUGAUUGUGCUUCAGUAUUUUCCUUAUAGAUUACUGGUCUACCUUAUCCAUAAGGAAAGGCCUUUCUCUGUCUCAUUUUUUCCCACCAGCUCUUAAAGUUUGGACUUCGAUAUCUGGCUGUAAUAUUGGUAUGAAAAGUUUUGAGUCCUUUCAACUCUCA